ACAGCCCGUCACUGCCUGCCUGCUCCCUGCAAUCUGCCUGGACUGUCUCACAAAGCAGGAGCAGCCACACACAGACACACUGCAGCAAACACUGGGUACUCACUACCAUGGGCAUCAGCGGAUCACCUCUGCUCACCCCACUGGCAUUUCACCGUCACUGAAAUAGGGACAGCUUCAGCUCCGAGCCCACGAGCGAGAGGAUGGAGCAAGAACAAGGAAAGAGCAGCCAGCAGCAGACCCGGGGCAAGUUGGAGCAGGAUGAAGGAACUAGCUUUAGCACAGUGCGAUCCCAGGAGGCUGAGGGCAGCUCCCGCUGCAUGGUCUUCACUUACUUCAAAGGAGACAGUAACAGUAUGGUGGAGCAACACUUCAACAGAGCCCUGAAACGGCCCUGCAGCCCCACAGGCAACAGCUCAAAGCGAAAAGCAGCCACCAACAUCCCAACGCAGUCAG